AUGGCAUUGCGAAAAAAAGUCCUACUCAAAGUUAUUAUUCUGGGCGAUAGCGGUGUCGGCAAAACAUCCCUUAUGAACCAAUUCGUUAACCGAAAAUUUUCAAACCAAUACAAAGCAACCAUAGGUGCCGAUUUCCUAACUAAAGAAUUACAAAUCGAUGAUCGACUUGUCACUAUGCAGAUUUGGGACACAGCCGGUCAAGAGCGUUUUCAAAGUUUAGGUGUUGCGUUUUAUCGUGGUGCUGAUUGUUGUGUUCUUGUCAUGGAUGUCACUUCGCCGUCGUCGUUCAAAUCAUUGGAAAGUUGGAAAGAUGAAUUUCUUAUUCAAGCGGGACCGCGCGACCCAGAAAAUUUCCCUUUUAUUGUUCUUGGGAACAAAUCCGAUUUAGAAAAUCGAGCCAUUCAAGCACGUAAAGCUCAAAGUUGGUGUCAAGAAAAAAACAAUAUUCCGUACUUCGAAACAUCAGCUAAAGAAGGUCUUAAUGUUGAAAAAGCCUUUGAAACCGUGGCUCGUAAUGCCCUAGCUCGCGAAAAAGAAACCGAUCAACAAGCUGAUUUUCCCAUUCCAAUACGCAUUCCACAACAAGAAGAACCACAGAAAAAGAACGGGUGUCAAUGUUAA